GCUGUUGCUGGCGGGGUGUUCGAACGGGGUAUACCAAGUCCGGCGCCCCGGGUAGGGCACUGAGCCCGGACCUAGCGGGAUCUGCGAGGUGAACUAGGGCGUCAGGGGCAGAGGUCGGGGUUGUCCCGGAGCUCCAGGGAUAUGGCUGAGGAGAAGUCCCACACUUCCCCCAGAUUCCUUUUUCCCUUCAAGCCCUACUCGAUCCAGGAAGAUUUCAUGAAUGCACUGUACCAUGUACUUGAAGCAGGAAAGAUUGGAAUAUUUGAGAGUCCCACUGGAACGGGAAAGUCGCUGAGUCUGAUCUGCGGAGCACUCACUUGGCUCAGGGACUUUGAAGAGAAGAAAAAGCUGGAAGCAGCCCAGCUUUUGGAACAUCAUGUGCCACAACAACGACUGUCUCAGGAUCCCCAGAAUCCCAGUGGUGUUGAUGGUAAGGUGUCAGAAGCCAAGGCCUCGGGAGCUGAGUUAGACUGGAUCACUGAAUUUGUCCAGAAGAAGGCUGAGCGUGAUCUGAUCGAUAAGUUGAAGGACGAAGAAUUGAAAAGAAAGAGGAGAGAAGAGCGAUUGGAGAAAAUACGUAACAAUGUGCAGCUUAAAUAUGCUUUAAAACGCAAGAGAGAUGAUGACGAUGAUACUGAGCGACUCAUUCAGAUGAGUGGAGAAAUGGUGACUUCCAAACAAGCUGAGACUCUAGAUGGGGAGGAUGAGAGUUUUAUUCUGGCAGAUUAUGAGAGUGAUGAUGAAAAGAAACCAAAGGAUUCAGGCCUAUCUGAUGAGGAAGAUUUGGAGGAAGAGCAUGUGACAAAGAUCUAUUACUGCAGUCGUACACAUUCGCAGCUUUCUCAGUUCGUACACGAGGUUCAGAAAAGUCCGUUUGGCAAGGAUAUCAGGCUGGUGUCACUUGGGUCCCGGCAGAACAUGUGUGUAAAUGAUGAGGUGAGGCAUCUCCGGUCACUCCAGCUGAUCAACGAUAGGUGCCUGGAAAUGCAGAAGAACAAACGUGAUGACAGAAAACGUAGCGAGGACGAGGUGGAAACUCUGAAACGGAGACGGAAGAGUCGAGUGACAUGCCCGUUCUACAAGCAGGAACAGAUGCAGUCCCUGCGUGAUGAGCUGCUGGUGGAGGUGAAGGACAUUGAGCAGCUUGUGCAGUUGGGGAAGGAGAUGAAGGGGUGUCCAUACUACGCCAGCCGCUUUGCCAUUCCACCAGCACAGCUGGUGGUGAUGCCGUAUCAGACGCUGCUACACAAUUCAACCAGGCAGGCAUCUGGCAUCAAACUGAAAGGGCAAGUGUUGGUGAUUGACGAGGCACAUAACCUGAUCGAUACCAUUACUGGAAUUCACAGCUACAAGGUGACAGGGUCGCAGCUAUGUUGUGCUCACUCGCAACUCUCUCAGUACAUGGAGCGAUACAGAAGUAGACUGAAGGCAAAAAAUCUGAUGUACAUCAAACAGAUCCUUUACAUCCUGGUUAAACUUAUCCACAUUUUAGGAGGUAAAGUUGGACAAAAUCCGAACAUGCAGAAGAUUUUUCAGGAUGGCACUGAGUUACAGUCCAUCAAUGAUUUCCUUUUCCGUGCACAAUUUGACAACAUCAACUUAUUUAAAGUGCAGCACUACUAUAUGAAGAGCUUGCUCAGUCGAAAGCUCUUUGGGUUCGUGAACAAGUACCAGGUUUCAGUGUCAAAACCAAACAACAUACAGGAUCAAAAAGUAUCCAAAACAGCAGCGCUUAAGAAUUUUCUUCAGAAGCUCAAUGAGAAACCCACUGGAGAAGUUAUACUCCAUGAGCAGGGAGAGGACAUCGAGGAAGAGCAGCCUGUCAUGGCGUCUCCGAUGAUGCAGGUUGAGGGGUUUCUCUUUGCCCUCACCAGCACUAACAAAGACGGACGAGUGGUCAUUCAGAAACAAGGUACAGUGUCCCAGAGCAGUCUGAAGUUCUUACUGUUGAAUCCAGCAGUCCACUUUGCUGAGGUAGUGAAGGAGUGUCGAGCAGUGGUCAUCGCUGGAGGAACAAUGCAACCGGUGGAAGAAUUCAAAGACCAGCUGCUGUUAGCCUCGGGUGUUUCUGCAGAUCGGCUCCUUGAGUUUUCAUGUGAUCAUGUGAUUCCUCCAGGAAACAUUUUGCCAGUAAUCCUGUGUAAUGGUCCAUCAGGACAGCAGCUUGAAUUCACCUUCCAGAAGAGGGACAAGACAGAGCUGCUGGAUGAAUGUGGCCGGGUGCUGGUCAAUCUGUGUAAGGUGGUCCCUGGUGGUAUCGUAUGCUUCUUUCCAUCCUACGAGUAUGAAAAACGAGUGUACACACAUUGGGAAAAGACCGGCCUCCUGACACAGCUUGAAGCCAGAAAGAAGAUAUUUCAGGAACCUAAAAAAGCUAGUCAAGUGGAGCAAGUGCUAUCCGAAUACUCUAGGUGCAUCCAGCAUUCGAGUUGCUCGCUAGGCCUGGUCGCUGGGGGCCUGCUCUUCUCUGUGGUUGGUGGAAAAAUGAGUGAAGGCAUCAACUUCUCAGAUGACCUGGGCAGGUGUGUGGUGAUGGUUGGAAUGCCAUUUCCCAAUAUCCACUCACCAGAGCUCCAGGAGAAAAUGGCUUAUCUGGACAAGACCCUGCCAAAAACUGAUGGGAAGACCCCGGGAAAACUUCUCGUGGAAAAUCUCUGCAUGAAAGCUGUUAACCAAUCGAUAGGUCGAGCCAUUCGUCACCGUGAAGACUAUGCUGCUAUUGUCCUUCUGGAUCAUCGCUACACCCGGUCCAACAUCCUCAGCAAGCUACCAACUUGGAUCAGAGCACGCACUAAGGCAGAAAGUUCAUUUGGACCUGCCCUUGGAGCCAUUGGAAAGUUCUUCAGAGAUAAGAAGGCCCAUGGAGAUGCUAAAUAGCUACAAGAGACCAUUGCUGGGCUGAGACAUGGUUAACAGCAGUCAUACUGGUGCCUUCCAUCUGUUUCAAACCACUCCCUUGGCUAUGGAGUGCUUGUCGAAUUGUAUAACAAUGAAGUUGAUUCAAAUCCUUUUUUAUUGCUGCUAGUUCUCCUGUGAUUGUUUUAUAUUUAUCUGUUGAGUGAUAUUUACUAAUUAUGUUAGAAUGUUUGUGUUUUUCUGCUGAAUCUGAGUAAUAAAGAACAGA